CAGCUGCCUGGAAACAGCUCUGGUGGGCCAUUGUCCUUCACUUAACUUUUGGGAACAGUGGGGAAGUAGCUGGUCCCUGGAAUGAACAUUUUCUAGGUUUCCUCUCGUCAGGUGUGUGUAGCAGUGAGCCUAGAGAUACUGUUUCCAGAUUAAUUUCUUCACAGCUCAUUUUGAUGAGUGAAGUCAUUGGGAUAUUAUAGAAUAUGGGACUGUAAACAUUUGUGAUACGUGCUUAUGAUUUUAAACAUACUUCAUUUUGUCAAAAUUUGUUUAGUUUUUAAAUUUAUAGUUAUAUUGAUGUCAAACAAUACAGACUAUGUAGAGCAUAAAUCCCCCCUUAUAAUCUCACUCCCCAAGGGCAAUCACUGCUAAUAGACCUUCUUUUAAAUCUACAUGCAUACUUUUUUUAAAACCAAAACCAAAAAAGGGAUUAUUUAAUACGUACUGUUUUGCCAGUUGCUUUUUUCCCCAUUUACCAAUAUAUUGUAGAGAUCUUUUCAUUGUCAACAUUUAGGUACUUCCUACGUAUUCUUUUUGAUGACAAAUCAUUUUUUGUUGUGUGGGUAUACUAUAUUUAACUAAUCACUGUUAAAGGACAUUAGGUGCUUGUCAGUAUUUGGCUCUUAUUAACAAAAUGCUUGUAUAUCGACUUAAACAACUGUCAGCUGAGCUUUGGCUGGAAAUAAAUGACAAAGAUUUAGUCAAGGGUCUUAGGAUUUGCAAAUCGGAAACAUUAGUAGGUAAUAUUCAGAGUGUUCCGAAGAAGGAAGAAAAACUGAGAGUUCUUAUAGUAAAAAGAACAUUCUGGAGAGGCAUCAGGAAUCAGUCCUGCAUUCAUCGCCUCUGGAUUGGUCCCAGAUGGUGAUUCCCCUCCCUAGAUGUGCCCUGGCCUGGAUCACGGAUGUCAGGCUGUCUGGAUGUCUGAACCUUCCUUCCUCAGUUCUUCAUGUAAACAUUCUUUCCCGAGUUCUUCAGAGUGUUUUCUAGGGGGUUGUGUGCAGCUCCAGGCAGUGACGCGGGGCUGAGGAGUUGAGAAGUUAAGUUCCCAGGCUAGUUAAAGCAAGAAUGGAAUCGCCUCCUCAGCCUACUUGGUUUGAGAAAUUCAGCAGCUUGACUAUAGUGACUUCGUUUCAUUUCUUUACUCUUUUCUCACAACUGUCUCCUUGGGAUAAAUUCCCAGGAAUGGAAUUCCUGCAGAAAAGAAGACUCACAGCAUUUGGUGGAGACUGUUAGGUUGCCCUUCAGAUAGCUGUGCCCACGUAUGAUUCCUUCAGUGCCUUCCGAGCCAGCCUCCAGCCCUCACCAGCAGUGAAGGAGGUGCUCAUGGCCGGACGUCUUAAGGAAUACUUUUGAAAAGAACGGAGGUGAACAAAAUCAUUACAGCUAAGACUACGCUGGGUUUGGAGAAACCGUACUCUGAGGAUGUUGUUUGCUUUUGGUUAACGAAGGGAAAUACAGCUUUAGAAGAAGGCUUUAUCUCUGCGUUUAAAUCCCCGGUGUGACUAACAAUGUAACUGGGUCUGCAUCAGCCUUCUGCUGAGGCGCGGCGCCCUGACCGAGGCCGACAUGAGUGACCCGAGGCAGGUACAGGACGAGAAGCACAAGCUCGGCAGGGCCCCUGCCAAGUUCAAGGAUCCCCCCAGAGCCAUGCAGUCCGAUGAUUAUUUUGCUAGAAAAUUUAAAGCCAUUAAUGGCAGCAUGGGACCUGCCACUUCUUUAAAUGCCUCAAAUUCCAGCGAGAGUGGUGGUCCAGCCAAUGGUACCCCCGCUGUGCCCAAGAUGGGUGUGAGGGCCAGGGUGUCCGAGUGGCCUCCGAAAAAGGACUGCUCCAAGGAGCUGGCCUGCAAGACACCAUGGGGAAGCCAGUCUCAGGCCAGCUAUGACAGUGUCACCUCCGUCAUGCACAAUGGACAGAGUGACCAGAGCGACGGUCACCCGGAGGAGCAGCUCGACCUCGACUUCGUGGAGGCGAAGUACACAAUCGGAGACAUCUUCGUUCACUCCCCUCAAAGAGGACUGCACCCCAUAAGGCAGAGAAGCAAUAGCGACGUCACCAUCAGCGACAUCGACGCUGAGGACGUCUUAGACCAAAAUGCCGUGAACCCUAACACGGGGGCCGCGCUACACCGGGAGUACGGGAGCACGUCGUCCAUCGACCGGCAGGGCCUGUCUGGUGAGAACUUCUUUGCGAUGCUCAGAGGGUACCGCGUGGACAGUUACGACCACAAGGCGAUGGCGCCCUUUGGGUUCCCGGAGCUCUUCUCCUGCGACCCUGCCGUCUCGCCCAGCCUCCACGCCGCCGCCCAGAUCUCUCGAGGAGAAUUCGUCCGCAUCUCAGGAUUGGAUUACAUGGACAGCGCCCUCCUCAUGGGCAGGGACAGGGACAAGCCUUUCAAGCGGAGGUUGAAGUCGGAGUUGGUGGAAACGUCCCUCUUCCGAAAGCUGCGAACUGUGAAGAGUGAACACGAGACUUUCAGGUUCACGUCCGACCUGGAGGACGGCCGUCUCGAGCGGGGCGCACGCCCCUGGAACUGCCAGCGGUGUUUUGCACAUUAUGACGUCCAGAGCAUUUUGUUUAAUAUCAACGAAGCCAUGGCCACGAGGGCCAGCGUGGGGAAAAGGAAGAACAUGACCACCGGGGCCUCCGCCGCGUCCCAGACUCAGAUGCUCGCGGGCCAGACGGGCAGCUGCGAGUCCCCGCUGGGGAGCAAGGAGGACCUCAACUCCAAGGAGAGCCUGGAUGCCGAUGAGGGUGACGGGAAGAGUAACGAGCUCGUGCUGAGUUGCCCUUACUUUAGAAACGAGACCGGGGGCGAAGGGGACCGGAGGAUCGCCCUUUCGAGGGCCAACUCGUCCUCUCUCAGCUCCGGGGAGAGCUGCUCCUUUGAGUCAUCACUCAGCUCUCACUGCACAAACGCGGGCGUGUCUGUCCUGGAAGUGCCCAGAGAGAACCAGCCGAUUCACAGGGAGAAGGUGAAGCGCUACAUCAUCGAGCACAUUGACCUUGGGGCCUACUAUUACCGCAAGUUCUUCUACGGGAAAGAGCACCAGAAUUACUUUGGGAUAGACGAGAACCUCGGCCCCGUGGCUGUCAGCAUCCGGAGGGAGAAGGUGGAAGACGCCAAGGAGAAAGAAGGGUCACAGUUCAACUACCGGGUGGCUUUCAGGACAAGCGAGCUCACAACACUGAGAGGAGCAAUUUUAGAAGACGCCAUCCCCUCCACCGCCAGGCACGGCACCGCGCGGGGCCUGCCUCUGAAGGAAGUGCUGGAGUAUGUCGUCCCCGAGCUGAGCAUCCCGUGCCUGCGCCAGGCCGCCAGCUCCCCCAAGGUCUCGGAGCAGCUGCUCAAGCUCGAUGAGCAGGGGCUGAGCUUCCAGCACAAGAUCGGGAUCCUGUACUGCAGAGCCGGCCAGGGCACGGAGGAGGAGAUGUACAACAACGAGAGGGCGGGGCCCGCCUUCGACGAGUUCCUCGACCUGCUGGGCCAGCGCGUGCGGCUGAAGGGCUUCAGCAAGUACCGGGCUCAGCUGGACAAUAAAACUGACUCUACAGGAACGCACUCCCUCUACACCACAUACAAAGACUAUGAGCUUAUGUUCCACGUGUCCACCAUGCUGCCCCACAUGCCCAACAACAGACAGCAGCUUCUGAGGAAAAGGCAUAUAGGAAAUGACAUCGUGACCAUUGUCUUCCAAGAGCCUGGAGCACUUCCUUUCACUCCAAAGAGCAUCCGGUCCCACUUUCAGCACGUCUUUGUCAUCGUCCGAGUGCACAACCCAUGCACCGAAAAUGUGUGUUACAGCGUUGGAGUCUCUAGAUCAAAAGACGUGCCACCAUUUGGCCCACCGAUUCCCAAAGGUGUCACUUUCCCAAAGUCAGCAGUGUUCCGGGACUUCCUUUUAGCCAAAGUCAUCAACGCGGAAAACGCAGCCCAUAAAUCGGAGAAGUUCCGAGCGAUGGCCACCCGGACGAGGCAAGAGUACUUGAAAGACCUGGCGGAGAACUUCGUCACCACGGCCACCGUGGAUACGUCUGUGAAGUUCAGCUUCAUCACGCUGGGUGCCAAGAAGAAAGAGAAGGUCAAGCCGAGGAGGGACGCCCACCUGUCCAGCGUCGGGGCCAUCAUGUGGCACGUGGUGGCGCGGGACUUCGGCCAGGCCGCUGACAUUGAGUGUCUGCUUGGCAUUUCCAACGAGUUCAUCAUGCUGAUCGAAAAGGACUCCAAGAACGUGGUCUUCAACUGUUCCUGCAGGGACGUCAUUGGGUGGACCUCCGGUCUAAGGAGCAUUAAAGUGUUUUAUGAGCGAGGAGAGUGCAUCCUGCUCUCCUCGGUGGACAGCUGUACCGAGGACAUUCGGGAAAUUGUUCAGCGCCUGGGGAUAGUGACCAGAGGCUGCGAGACUGUGGAAAUGACCCUGAGGAGGAACGGGCUCGGCCAGCUCGGCUUCCACGUGAACUUUGAAGGAAUCGUUGCUGACGUGGAGCCUUUCGGCUUCGCCUGGAAGGCGGGCCUUCGCCAGGGGAGCCGCCUCGUGGAGAUCUGCAAGGUGGCCGUGGCCACUCUGACCCACGAGCAGAUGAUCGACCUGCUGCGCACAUCCAUGACCGUGAAGGUGGUCAUCAUCCAGCCCCAUGACGAUGGCUCGCCCCGCAGAGGGUGCUCGGAGCUUUGCCGGAUCCCCAUGGUGGAAUACAAACUGGACAGCGAGGGCACCCCCUGCGAGUACAAAACCCCCUUCCGGAGGAACACCACGUGGCACCGGGUGCCCACCCCGGCCCUGCAGCCCCUGCCCAGGGCCUCCCCGGCCCCCGGCACGCCCGACCGGCUGCAGUGCCAGCAGCUGCUCCAGCAGGCCCAGGCGGCCAUCCCGCGCAGCACCUCCUUCGACCGCAAGCUGCCCGAUGGCACCAGAAGUUCGCCCAGCAACCAGUCGUCCUCCAGCGACCCCGGACCCGGAGGCAGUGGGCCCUGGCGACCGCAAGUGGGCUGUGACGGGUGCCAGUCUCCCCUGCUGCUCGAGCACCAGGGCCCAGGCCCUUUGGACUGUGAGGGAGCCAGGGAGCGGGAGGACGCCAUGGACGGAAGCAGACACCCGGAAACCAAGUGGCAUGGCCCACCCUCCAAAGUCCUGAGUUCCUAUAAGGACAGAGGGCUGCCGAAGGACGGAAGCUGCAAAGAUCCCCCCAACACGCUUUCUCACAUCGGGGAUAAGAGCUGCUCCAGCCACUCCAGCAGCAACACGCUGUCCAGCAACACCUCCAGCAACAGUGACGACAAGCACUUUGGGUCUGGGGACCUGAUGGACCCCGAGCUGCUGGGGCUGACCUACCUGAAAGGGGCGUCCACUGACAGCGGCAUCGACACGGCCCCAUGCAUGCCCCCUGCGGGCCUGGGCCCCAUGCACCUGGUGGGCAGCAGAUCCAUGAUCCACAGUCGGGCUGAGCCGUGGGCCGGCUCCGGCGACAUCUCGGGGCCUGAUGACGAGCAGGCGAAGAUGUACGCUGUCCACAGCUACGCGCCCGCCUCUGCCAGUGGCGCUGCAGAUGGCAGCAUGGGCGACCUCAGCGAGAUCUCCUCUCAUUCCAGCGGCUCACACCAUUCAGGCAGCCCUUCUGCUCACUGUUCCAAAAAUACGGGGUCUCUGGACACGUCCAAAGUCUACAUCGUGUCUCACAGUGGUGGCCCGCCAGUCCCUGGGUCCAUGUCCAAGUCCUACCACCGCCAAGGGGCAGUGAGCAAAUAUGUCAUCGGCUGGAAGAAGUCGGAAGGUAGCCCCCCGCCUGAGGAGCCCGAAGUGCCUGAAUGUCAGAGCAGGCUGUACGCCGAGAUGGACCUCAUGUCCGCGGCAGCGCAGCGUCAGGCGGCGGUGGCAGAUGCAGGCCCAGAAGCCCAGCACGUCCUGUCGAAAGAGGACUUCGCGAAAUUGAUGCUCCCCGACAGCCCCUUAGUGGAGGAGGGGAGAAGAAAGUUUUCCUUCUAUGGGAACCUGUCCCCACGACGCUCUCUGUACCGCACCCUCUCCGACGAGAGCAUGUGCAGCAACCGGAGGGGCUCCUCCUUCGGCAGCUCCCGCAGCUCGGUUCUGGACCAGGCCCUGCCCAGCGACAUCCUGUUCAGCAGCACCCCGCCGCAUCCCAGCACCCUGCCCCCCCGGACCCAGCCUGCACCCGGCAUGGGCAGCCUGCGCAAUGAGUUCUGGUUCUCCGACGGGUCCUUAUCGGACAAGUCCAAGUGCGCGGACCCUGGCCUGAUGCCCCUCCCGGACACCGGCACGGGGCUGGACUGGUCCCAUCUAGUGGACGCCGCUCGGGCAUUUGAAGGUCUUGACUCAGAUGAGGAACUCGCGCUGCUCUAUCACCACGCAUCCUAUCUAGACCAGAGAGUGGCUUCCUUCUGCACCCUGACGGACAUGCAGCACCCACAGGGCCUGGAAGGGGGCCCGGAACUGCCUCUGUGUGUCGAUCCAGCCAGCGGCAAGGAGUUCAUGGACACAGCUGGGGAGCGGACCCCGUCGACGCUGACUGGCAAAGUCAACCAGCUGGAGCUGAUUCUGCGGCAGCUGCAGACCGACCUUCGCAAGGUAAGGCCAUCAAUUCAUCACAAGUCCGUAAUCAGAACUCUUUCCCGUACACAACCACCCCUCUCACUGCUAAUAAAGAUGAGGGACUCGGGGAAGAUGGCACCGUCAUCUGAACUCAGCAGUCGUGGAAGCAGAGACUCCUGGGCUCUCCUGUUCUCUGGUUUACAGCUAAUGCAUGUUAACAGGGGGACAGGAGAACUGCAGUGGGCGGGACUGAGUGAGGGUGAGCCCUCUGGGCCGCCAGACUCGGAGCAGACACGCAGCGGGCUAGAAGGUUUCUGCUCAGUAAGUUAGUCGCACC